GAACGUCUUGUCGGGCGCAUGCGCAGACGGUCCCCCUCAGUCAGCAGUGUGGUUCCGUUCAGGUUCGGGUCUUCCUGUAAACAGUCCCCGUUUAAACCGUUUGAGUCCUUCCUAACGAGCGGAGACCACCGUGACCGAGGCGUGAGAGAACAUGCCCAAAAACAAAGGUAAAGGAGGAAAGAAUCGGCGACGUGGAAAGAACGAGAAUGAGUCUGAGAAGAGAGAGCUGGUGUUCAAAGAGGACGGACAGGAAUAUGCUCAGGUGAUUAAAAUGCUGGGGAACGGACGUCUGGAGGCCAUGUGCUUCGAUGGAACCAAGCGGCUUUGCCACAUCAGAGGAAAACUCCGGAAAAAGGUCUGGAUUAACACGUCGGACAUCAUCCUGGUCGGACUGAGAGAUUACCAGGAUAACAAAGCCGACGUCAUCCUCAAGUACAACGCAGACGAGGCUCGCAGUUUGAAAGCGUACGGAGAGCUGCCAGAGCACGCCAAAAUCAACGAGACAGACACCUUCGGACCCGGAGACGACGACGAGAUCCAGUUUGAUGACAUUGGCGACGAUGACGAAGACAUUGACGAGAUCUAACGACCUGCUACUAGAAGGGGAAGGUGGGAUUUUACUAGAGAUGCUCCGAUUGGGAUACGUUGAGCCGUCACACCGCACCGAUAAUGAUUAUUUUUUAAGAUCAGCCUAUGCCAAUCCAAUACAAUACAGUCUGUUAAUAUACAGUAUGUUUGAAUUUAUUCCAUUUUUUGUUAACCAUCAUUAGACAUCUUUGUAACUUUAAAGUGCAUUUCACGUAGAGGAGAGGACGACACCAGUACUUUGAGUUUAUCGUUGAAUGAACAUGAACGCGGCGGGCUGCCUGGUGACGCAGGCGGUCCGCUUCCUCGGCCUUCGUGCAGCUGGAUUGGAAUGAAUGAGAAUAGGCUGAUCACCAGCAUCAUAUUAUCUGGAGCACUGCUAGAUUCUUUUUCUUUUAAUUUUAUUUCUAAAGUCAACAAAUCGGCAGAUUUGCCAUGAUCUCAUUCACACGUUUUUUUCCCCCCCCCCCUUCCUUCCUUCCUGUAUUGUUAAAGAAACACUCGCUUAGAGGAGGCUGACGCCGACACCUUGACUGCAAAAAUAUCUCGCACCAACUGCGUCAUCUUUUUAAAAAAAAAAUGUAUUUAUAUUGAUUUCACACUAUGUGGAAUUUAGCAACAAGUACAGAAUCUCUGGAUUCGCCAAUAAAAAGAUAAACCAUUGUGUGUAUUUUUUAUUAUUUUUUAUUAUUAUCAUCCAGCAGUCUGUAUCAUUGUAGCUGUAGCCUGUAAGACAGUCUGAAAGCUGUUUGUUCACGACAGUUGUAAGAUAGUAACGCUGAGUACGGCUCUGUAUCUUUUCACUUUGUUGGCGUCAAAUUCCACCGAGAGUUUAUCGACGAGACGUAUGAAGGCGUUCCCUCUCCCCUCGAAAAACAACAGAAUCAAAAUGUAUUUUUCUAUUGUUUCCCCUUUUUAUUUGUGUUCCUGUCUUUCUUUCUUUCUUUUUUUGUUUCCAUGUUCUGUUUUGAACUUCUCGGCUGCUCGCUCGCUCUGUGGCUUCGACACACCGUGAAGCUCGGCCUCGGUCUGCCGCUCCAUCUCAUGCUAGACCAGCGGUUCCCAAACCUUACCCUCCAGUAAAACCUCACGUCCGAACAUUCUUUGAACCUCUAGAAAAUCUAAUAAUAGUAAUUUAAAAAAAAAGACAUACAAUACUUUAUUUUUCUCCUUCACCACCCCCCUCUGGAAACUCCCCCCAUGUUCCCCGAGGGCGGGAGCCACAGCACCUCAGUUUGGGAACCACUGCUCUCCAUCACAUGGGGCCUGUUGCUGCUGUUGCUGUAACUCUGAAUUAAUAAAAAAAAAAAAAAAUGUACUAUGAUGUUUGAAGGCUGGGUUUCCAAUAAAGAUCUUAACUCCA